AUGCUUUUAGUUACUACAACUCCUUUCUUAAGAGUUACAUUGGUGAUCUUAAGGCUAGAAACAAAAUGCCUUCGUCCAAUUGACAUCGCCAAGAUGCACGGAUAUGGUAACAAACCAUUAACCCGAAUUGAACCCGAUUCUAGUCUACAGGAAUGGUUUGCAACUCUUGCUAAUCAAAUUAAAUCUCUUGAUCCUGAUCAGAUAAAAAGUUCCAAUCGUAAAACAAUUCAGAUGAUUAAAGCUCUUGAUGAGAUUCAAGAUUUUCACCAAUUAGAGGGCAACAUUCAAGUUAAACAACAUCUAAUUGAUGCGAGGAAAUUUCUUUGUUGUAUGUUGAAAACUUCCGAUGUUAAGGAACAUAUUUUAAUUACUUUACAAUUAAUUGGUGAUCUUUCGUAUGCCUGGUUAAUUAUUGACUCUUUUACCAAAUAUAUGCAACAAGGGAUUCAAAAAGAUCCAACAUUGGUCAUCAAAUUACGAGCCACUUUCUUGAAACUCGCUUCCGCCUUAGAUAUGCCACUUUUACGUAUUAAUCAAGCAACUUCACCCGAUUUAGUUCCAGUCUCCCAAUAUUAUUCAAGUGAAUUAGUUUCUUACGUAAGAAAAGUGUUACAUAUAAUUCCAGAUUCACUUUUCCGUCUCAUGUCUCGAAUAAUUGAAUUGCAAACAAAUCAAAUUCAAGAGCUUCCAACACAUUUAGCAAAAGAUCAACUAAGAUCUUAUGCUUUUCUCGAGGAAAGAUACGAAGUGUCCAAGUUAACACAUUCCAUUUCAGUAUUCACGGAGGGUAUGCUCAUGAUGAAAACCACUCUGGUUGGAAUAAUUCAAAUUGACCCGAAAAAACUACUCGAAGAUGGUAUUCGUAAAGAGCUUGUCAUCCAAGUGGCCAAAGCCCUUCACCAUGGAUUAGUUUUCAAUCCAAGAGUUAAACCCAGUGAAUUAGUACCAAAGCUAAAGUCCAUUUUUAACACAAUGGAUGGACUUAGACGAUCAUUCGAGUACAUUCAAGACUAUGUUUGUAUAUAUGGACUGAAGAUUUGGCAGGAAGAGGUUUCUCGAAUUGUUAGUUACAAUGUGGAACAAGAGUGUAACGCUUUCAUGCGACACAAAGUCCUCGAAUGGGAAAGUAUCUAUCAAUCGAAGACAAUACCUGUUCCCAAAUUUCCACCGAUCGACCAAUUCUCUGUUAAUUUUAUCGGUCGAUUGACUCGUGAAAUUUUACGAAUCACUGAUCCAAGACUCACAAUCUAUGUUAAUUCAUCGCGUACUUGGUAUGAUAAUAAAUCUCAUGGUGAAAUUAUCGAUCCCAAAUUAUUUAAACUUCUACUGAAAAGCACUGGAACCGCAGGAAUCAAUGGUCUUGAUCGAUUGCUUUCCUUCAUGAUUGUCAGUGAAUUAGGAAAAAUUGAAUCACUGAUUGAGAAACAAUUACUAAAUGAAAAAUGGUGGCACGAGACUGUGAUUAAUGUUAAUAAUUUUCUAUCAAAAAAUGAUUGUGAUGUAACAACUAAUCAAACUGUUAAAUUACAAUCACCAGUAGCUACAAGAGCACCAAGGACAUUACCAAUUAUAACGGAAUCAUUGAUGAAAAUUGGACAAAUGCAAUUGAUUAAAUCAAAUAUCGCCUUUGAAUUGCGAGAUAGUUGUAAUUACCAAUCGAGGAGUUUAAGAUCUGCUUAUGAGACAUUCAAUGAAGCUUUAUUGACAGAACUCAAAAGAGAUCCAGAAAAAUAUUUAGCUAAAGAGGAAAGUGCUCUUGUCUAUGAAUUAACUAAUUACUUGGAAUGGUCUGGAAUUACUGAUCCUUAUUCAAAGAUUUAUGUUGGAUCUAAUCUACCACCUUACAUGGAUUUGGUUUGUCUCGUAAUUGUAAUCACUUGCAACUCGAAAUUUGCUUAUCUUGAUCCAAUUCACGGAUUAACGGCUAAAAGGCCAAUCGAUGGAGUCGAUGGUUUACCUUUUGUCGCUGGACUAUUGACCUUAUUAAGACAAUAUCGCAGUGAUAUGGUCAAGCGAUUUAUAUCUUUACUUUGUCGUUAUAUCAAAUCAACGAUUGAUGCACAAUACUCAAGUAUUAACAGGUCCAAUGAUUUCCCGGUUGAGAUGUUCAACGAUUUAGCGAUUCUUGAGCAGCUAAUUGGACUUGGAGGUUUACCGAAAACUUUUAUAACAGAAUACAUUCCUAAUUAUGUGAUAGAUCAAUUCCAUUCUUUUCAUCGUUGAUUAACAAAUUUUUUUGUAUCAAUUAAUUAUAAAAUUAUCAUCGAAAUGAUUAUCAAUCAAUUUAAAUCAACUAACGAAAAAAAUGAUUAAUCAUUUUCAGUGUUUUCCAUCUCUAUCUCUCGAUUCCAUUGCCUUUUAUGUCUAAAUAUAAAUUAUUUAUGAGUCAA